UCAUUUUUUUUUCAAAAAUAAUGUAUUACGUGUCAUACAAUCAAAAUACCCCGUAAUUUACACACGCGGGCCGGGCGAAUGCGGCCACUCAGUCUGUCCCUAGCGUUCGCACGGGGAGGCUGUGUCGCAUUUCGGCCCGCUCCGCUCCUAUUUUUUGCCAUUGUUUUUCUUUAUAGAAUUUAUAGCGCAGAAGGUACGUUUGGCACGACACUAAUUCAGCCGCCGAGCUACUAUGAGUUAGUAGAUGAUGAUUAGUGAUCCGAGUGCGUAAUUUUAAAUAAGUAUUAAGCAUUAUAAAAAUUUUGAGAUAAUUUAAAUAUCACGUACACGAGAUGCCACGCCAGAAAAAAAAAGCUGGGAAUUACUUGAAUAAAGCUUCGCAUAUGAACCAAUUACGGAGAUUGAAGAAAAUACCCCCAGACCAUGCGGUGGAGGAAGUUGAGGAAAAUAAAGCGGACGAAAUCGGAGACAAUGUGACACUUGAGGAUCUAGACAAAAGUCUUCAAAAUCUCAAAAAUUGCUUGGAUGGAUUACCUAGACCAUCAGCUGAUAAUAAUGUUAAUAAUAGCACGUUGACGCUUGCUGGAACCUCGACAUUGGAUGAAAACGCAAUCAGUGAUGAAAUCCAGAUAGAGACAACACCUGCUUCAGAGGUUCACUCAGAAUUUGCAAUUGAAGGUCGACGAAUACUUGAAGUGCAUCAUUUCUAUGCAAAACUGCAAGAGAUAGCGGGCCAUGGGAAUUUGGAGUGUGGCUUGGGUUGCGUUAAAAUUGUGGGCGAAAAAAGAACGGGAUUGCAUUCAAUGUUCAUCUUAAGAUGCAAGAUGUGUAAUGAAAAAUUUUACGUAGAAAGUGACGCUCCUGGCAACCAACUGACUAUUAAUCACUGUGCGGUUGCUGGCGCAAUCGCAACUGGAAAUGGACACUCUCAACUCCAAGAGUUUUCUGCAGCACUUAAUUUACCAAUUAUGACUCCAGAGAUAUACAAAGCCUGUCACUGUAAGCUUCAAACGCAUUGGGAAAAAGUUUCAGUUGAGAGUAUGAAUCAAGCAGCAGCAAAAGAAAGAGAACUAGCUUUAGCUGAAAAUCGAGUCGAUAAAAACGGCGUACCAAUCAUAGACGUUAUAGUCGACGGAUGUUGGUGUAAGCGGACUUACAAAAAAAAUUAUUCAGCCUUAUCUGGUGCUGCUGCCAUUAUUGGGAGAAAAACAGGAGAAGUACUUUUUUUAGGUGUGAAAAAUAAAUACUGUUCAAUUUGUGCUCAAGCAGAAAAUAAAAAACUUCUACCGAAAACUCACAAAUGCUACAAAAACUAUAGUGGUCCAUCCACGGCAAUGGAGUCUGAAAUUCUCGUCGAAGGUUUUAAAUGUUCAAUUGAUAUGCAUAAUCUGAUAUACGCUAGGAUGGUUUCAGAUGGAGAUUCCAGUACCUAUGCCAAGUUACUAAAAAGUCGACCGUAUCCUCAUGUUACCAUAGAAAAACUUGAAUGCCGUAAUCACAUUCUUAGAAAUCUGUGCAAUAAACUGACGGCUCUUCAAACGGAUACUAAAUACCUAUGUAGGCUCAGAAAAAUUGUCACCACAAAACGAAUAAUGAUUUUAAGAAAGACUAUCCGAAUAAUUAUACGAGCACACAAAGGAAAAACAGAAUCAGAAAGACGGUGUAACAUAGAACCAUUAUAUAACGAUCUAAUGUUGGCUCAUACUCAUGCGUUCGAUGACCACACAAAAUGUAAACCAUUUUUUUGUAGUUCUGUCGGAAAUACACAGCCUUCAGAUACUUAUAAAGACUUUGGUACCAGUACAUUGUGGUCAAAAAUUUGUUUGUUAAUGUCAAAUGUGGCAGCCCAUGCCCCAAGUUUGAUACACGACGUUGACAGCAAUAGUGUUGAACGCUAUAAUAGCAUCGUGGCAAAGCUCGUCGGUGGUAAAAGAGUAAACUUCAGUAAGAGUGGCUCGUAUCAAGCCAGGUGCCAUGCUGCUGUAGUCUCUUUUAAUACACAUAAAGUGCUGACAACUGUGUACAAAUCUAUCGCAGGGCGCAGUCCUCGUGGCAGUGUAAGAAAGUUAGAAGACAGUCGAAUAAAGCAUAUGACAGCAAUAAGACGUUUUGAGAGGAAAAAGAACAGAAUGUUAUUUUCCAAAGCAGAGGACAAAAAUUAUGGUGAAAAUUGUGAUAGGCCUGAUAUGCCUGCUGAUAUCUUUGAAAAAGAAAAAGAAACUUUCUUACAUAAUUUGAAAAAGAACAAAGAAGAAAGGCAAAAAGUUGAGCGAGAUACCGUUUUACAAAGUUCUUGCAGUGAGUGGUUAGAGCUUAGGCGAAGCCUUUUAACUGCUUCAAAUUUUGGGAGAGUAGUCAAAAGACGAAAGGCUAGCUGUUCAAAUCUUGUAAAGGAUAUACUAUAUAAGGAAUCUCUAUCUCACGUCAAUUCAAUAAAACAUGGCAAAGAAAAUGAAAAAAAGGCUCUGAAACAGCUAGCAUUGCAAGAAAAUGUCCAGAUUACACCGUGUGGACUUUUCAUAGACGAAGACAUCCAGUAUCUUGGAGCCUCACCUGAUGGUUUGAUUGGAGACGACACUAUUGUGGAAAUUAAAUGCCCCAUAACAGCAUUUAAUAAAAGCGUCAGAGAAGCAGUUGAAAAUAAAAAAGUUUCAUUUUACAAAAUUAAUAAACGAGGAGAAAUGGUGAUAAACCAAACGCAUGCCUGGUAUUAUCAAAUACAGGGACAACUACACAUAACCAAAAAAUCUAGAUGCCUGUUUGCUAUUUGGACGGGAGAGGAUCGACCUCUACAGACAGAAGUAAUUUUUAAAAACGAUAGUUUUUGGGAAAAGGAAAUGAAGCAAAAAUUGUGUACAUUUUACACAGAAUGUCUGCUUCCUGAACUGGUCGAUCCCAGGAUCCCUCGAAAUUUGAAAAUAAGGGACGCUCAAUUUAUUCAAGAUGCGAUUGAUGAAAAUCAGAAUAAGAGAAAGCGGAAAAAUGUAGAACAAGAAAAAUCAAGCAAGACACAAAAGAAACAGAAAACCGAAGAUAAAGAAAAUAUUGAAGUUAAUUCAUAUUCUAAGGAAAGCGUAAUAGAUGAAACUAUUGAAUUACCAUCUAUAUUUGUUAGGGAUUUGCAAUUUAACGAGUUUUAAACAUCAAAAAAGCUUGAUUAAAAUGAAACAGUUUGAGAAGAGAGAAAAUAUGUAGUCAAAAAGGCCACUCUUUUUUUUUAUCCACAACGAGGAAGCUUUUGGCCUGUAUCUCACCUGAUGGUAAGUGACGAUCAGGC